AUGGCGGACGAACCAAAAACGGGCAAGACGGACCGCCCGAAAACCCCGGUGUUGGAAGUGCCGCAGGGAGACCGCACGUCGGGGAGGACGACGUCUCCUGCCCGGCUUCCGACGGAGCUCGCGCUGAAGGUCCGGAUGCAGAUGGGCCGGAUCGCGUCGCUCAGGGAGCUCACAGAGUCGCUGCCGGAUGUCCCGGCACGGACAUCCCUCGAAGAAGUGAGCCAAUUUCAGCUCCUGAUCGAGGAGACGCACAAGGCGUUCAUCAAGGAACACGCUUACUUCGAGAUGUCAUGGCCCUCGGCGCUUAUUCACCACGAGUAUUUCGCUGAGAAUGCUCAUCAGGAAGAGUCGCGGUGCUACAUGCAGGCGCGACGAGUCCUCGGCGUGCUUCGCCACGCAUUGGCAGCCGCUCAGCCCGCUCAACCACAGACCAGCUCAUCGGCCGGCGAGACCCGACAGACGCACUCACGCUUGCCAGACAUCUCACUCCCCAAGUUCACCGGGGAGUAUGCCGCAUGGCCUGCCUUUCGAGAUCUCUUCUCAAGUCUGAUCAUCUCAAACGAGCAGCUCACGAACGUGGAGAGGCUUCAUUACCUCCGUUCGUCGGUGGAAGGCACGCCAGCUCAGCUGAUAUCAGGGUUCUCAAUGGCCGGAGACUCGCUCACGCCGUCCUGGGAUCUUCUCAAGGACAGGUAUGAAAAUAAACGACUGCUCAUUCAUUCCUGCCUUGACAAGAUCUUCGCCAGCUCAACCCCGGUGCCAAGGAAAGCGGCAGCCUUGGACAGUCUGGUUUCGGGGGUAAAGGAGGCGCUGAAAGGACUGGAGGCCCUCGAGAUCAAAGAGAAGCUCGGGGACUGCGCCGUGGUUUAUCAUGUCACGCGACUCCUUGAUCGCGUGACACGCGAGCAAUGGGAGAACGCGAUUGGCGCCACGCGCGAAUAUCCUACGUUCGAGAAGCUCGAGGAGUUCCUGAGCACUCGGAUACGGGCUCUCGAGCGGAUCGAAACCACGACAGCUCAUCCUGGCCCCAGCUCAUCAUCAUCAUCGCCAAGGAAGACGGCAGCUCAUCAGACGACGCAUCAGGGCGACUCAUCUUACCCUUGUGAUUGCUGCAACCAUGGACGUAAUGAAUAUAUGGACGGAACGUUAGGUGUCACGAUGGGCGAGGGGGGUCGUUGA